AUGAAUAUUCCCACACUGCUGCCUGCAUUCCUCCUGGUCUUAGCUCUGGGUGAACGGUUGGUGGGGGCAAAGAAACAGGAGUCACUGACUUCAGGUGAGGACUAUGGCACACUCCUCAGGCGCCUCUGGAAGCUGCACAUGAGGGACGCCCUUCUGACAGGAAAAGAUCCGAGUUCUCAUCUAGUCAGACAAAGGUUCACACAUCAGCUGCUCUACUGCCGUGCUGGCAUUGGCUUCCAUCUUCAGAUCCUGACCAAUGGAUCUGUGGGAGGCGUCCACAAACCCACUGAAUACUGUCAGCUGAAGGUGUUUGCUAUGCAGCGUGGUGUUGUUGGUAUCAGAGGGGUUCAAAGUGGAUUGUACCUUUGUAUGAGUAGAGAAGGUCUGGCAUAUGGAGCGGAACAGUUUUCUGAUGACUGCAUGCUGAGGGAAAAACUGGAGGAGAAUCACUACACCACAUACUCUUCUUUUGUUCACCCGGAUAUCUACCUAGCUCUUUCCCACAAGGGGGAGCUCAGGAGGGGCAAUAGCACUGGACCCCACCAGUCCUGCACCCACUUUCUACCUCGGAAGAGACGAUGA